AUGGCCGACCAAAUGGACGUUGAUUUGCCCGCCCCCGCUGCUCAGCAGCAGAAGAAGAAGCGGUUCGAGGUGAAGAAGUGGACUGCCGUCGCGUUCUGGACCUGGGACCAGAACAACGAGACAUGUGCCAUUUGCAGAAACCAUUUGAUGGAACCGUGUAUUGACUGCGAGACCACCUUGUCUGACGGGUCGACAUCGAACGAGUCGUACAGACUCGACCGUGGGUCCGGGUCCUCGAUCGACCCGUACAACGUUUUCGAGUUGGGCGAGUCUGUUGAUUUGCGCCACAGCUGCGCAGCCACGCCCACAGAUCCGACAAUAUCCAGUACCAACACCGUCGCCAUCCACGAGAUCGAGUUAAAUAGGUAUACGAAUUUCCAAGACGCGAUAGUUGCCACCAACAUCGCAAGUGUUUCUCCCAGAAUCUGCGUUUGGGCUGGCUGUCUCGUAGAUGGGCAUCACCUCUUCCACCGUGCCCGGUCUCGCAGGGAUGGAGCUCGGGGUGAAAACAAACCUGUUCCGGUGGGGCAGAUAAAACUCGGAUGUCUCGCUGGCGGUGCCACAACGGCGCUGCCCCCGCUGCAAGAACAUCGAGAGCAAGAUGACACCCAGCAACGCCCGCAACAUCAUAAGGGCGGCGUAUUCAGGAUCGGCCUGGUACACGGCGGAGAUUAUGUCGUUGGUGAUGUCGAGAAACGAGCACGCCACGCACAGCAGGUUGGCCGGGUACGGCACGGUCCAUAUUCGCACGACAGGCGACACGGCAAACACGGCCGCGUUGACCAGUUGUGCAAUCUCACGGAAAAGCAUCUGGAUAAACAAUCUGGUGCUGACACAUUUUUAUUUAGGUGUGGCCAUCAUGAAAUUUCUGUCAGAUAA